CCAUCGGUCCAGCACUCAGUUCGAUCUGUUCAGACCAACCGAAAUGAAGUGCAGCCUUGUUUUCCUGCUGCUCGCCUGCAUUUGGGCCCUGGCCACUGCCAGCCCUGCCAAGCCGCGCCCCAAAAAUCCACGCCCCACCUCCCAUCCACGUCCGAUACGAGUGCGCCGUGAGGCAUUGGCCAUCGCCGAUCGGUUGGAACUGAUCCUGCCUGCUGUCACUGCCAAAAGUCCCCCAAUUCUACCAGCUUGAUGGCAUGCUCGCAAUCUCAAGCGGGGCAAGCCCAACAUGGCAUUUUUUAAUACUACUUUUGGGUUUGUUUGAAUAAACUGAGAGUAU